AGCAUUUGGGAAACGUUUUUCAACAACUUUAUUUUAAAUACAUUGACAAAUACAGCCACAUUUUUUAAAAAGGAUCUGAUGAAGACGGAGAGCAUAGGGCAGAAUAUUCCUUUCAGUGGCAGAAAGCGGAGUCUGAUUGAAGAUGCUCGGCGGGAGAGAGAGAGCUCUUCGUCCUCACCGGGACCAUCACGUUGUGGGGACAGCUUCGUGUUUGAGGAGGAGAAAAGCGGCAAUGUCACUCUCAACGUCCUCUUUGCACUCAGAAAUGAGAAAAACGCAGGGUUCUUCAAAACGGGUAAAGUCUUUGAGACUUUCGAGGCCAAACUCCUUCAUCUUGAGAGCCGACCGAGCAAAAAGUCGAAGAACAGCAGUGGAGAUGAUCUGGAGUUUUUCAUGAGAUGUGAAGUGCACUGCUCCCAUACCGACAUCUUCAUCAACUCCCUAAAAAGAGUUGCAGAUGAUGUACGGCUGGUGCAAGAAGAAAAGUUUCCGUGGUUUCCAAAGAAGAUUGCUGACCUGGACAAAUGCAAUCAUCUGAUAACAAAAUACGAUCCUGAUCUAGACCAUGACCACCCUGGUUUUAGCGAUCCGGAGUACAGAAAACUAAGAGGAUUGAUCACUGAACUUGCGUUUAGCUACAAGCAUGGAGACCCUCUACCUAUAGUGGAGUACACUACUGAGGAGGUUGCCACUUGGAGGGAAGUCUACAGAUCCUUGACCAGUCUAUACCCGAGUCACGCAUGCAGACAGUUCCUAGACGCCCUGGGACAGCUGGAGAGUGAAUGUUUGUAUGGGGAGGACAAAAUUCCUCAGCUCAGAGAUGUGUCUGCAUUUCUUAAAGAAAGAACAGGGUUCCAGUUGCGGCCAGUGGCAGGGCUUCUCUCUGCUCGAGACUUCCUUGCAAGCCUAGCCUUCAGGGUGUUCCAGUGUACCCAGUACAUUCGUCACCCCUCAGCUCCCAUGCAUUCCCCCGAACCUGACUGUUGCCAUGAAUUACUUGGACAUAUCCCUAUGCUUGCAGACAAAGAAUUUGCUCAAUUUUCACAGGAGAUUGGACUUGCCUCACUUGGAGCUUCUGAUGAGGAUAUUGAGAAGCUAUCCACGCUGUACUGGUUUACAGUGGAGUUUGGUCUAUGUAAACAGAAUGGAACAGUGAAGGCCUAUGGUGCUGGACUUCUGUCUUCCUAUGGAGAACUUCUGUAUGCCCUUUCUAAUGAGCCCCAAUACAAACCAUUCGACCCAGCUGAGACAGCAAUCCAACCAUACCAGGACCACUCAUAUCAGCCUGUGUACUUCGUGUCCGAGAGUUUCGAGGAUGCCAAACGCAAACUGAGGCAAUACUCAUCCACAAUACAGAAGCCCUUCUCCAUUAAGUAUGAUCCUUACACUUGUAGCAUGGAGAUUCUGGAUGAGCCUUCAAAGAUCCAGAGUGCUUUGGGGCAGAUGAGGGAAGACUUGAAGAUCUUACACAAGGCAAUGGAGAGACUUGGACAGAAAUAAACCAGUGUGGGCGAUCUGGCUUAAAUAUCAACUAACUAGGCUAUUUGUAACUAACUCUUGUAAGACAAAUAUGAAUAGUGCACGAG